AUGCCCCGCGAAGUUUCGCGCAGCCUCUCCAUGUCCACCUCCCCCAGCGACACCUUCCACCACCGCAAAGUUUCGUUCGGCGUCGACAGCCUCAGUGGUACUUCUCCCAAUCUCCGGCGAACAAUCACCGGCCCUCAGCCCAAGCCAUUGAAACCCUUCCGCGAACAGGAUGUCAAGAUUCUGCUGUUGGAGAAUGUCAAUCAGACAGGGCAGGAUAUACUAAAAGCCCAAGGCUAUCAAGUGGAAUUCUUGAAGUCGAGCUUGCCCGAGGAUCAAUUGAUUGAGAAGAUAAAGGAUGUUCAUGUAAUCGGCAUCCGCUCCAAAACAAAACUCACAUCCCGCGUCCUCGCGGCGGCAAAGAAUCUCAUCGUGAUCGGGUGCUUCUGCAUCGGCACAAAUCAAGUCGAUCUGAAAUAUGCCGCGUCCCACGGCAUCUGUGUGUUCAACUCCCCCUUCAGCAAUUCCCGCUCCGUCGCCGAACUGGUCAUCUGCGAAAUCAUCGCCCUAGCUCGCCAACUGGGCGACCGCUCCAACGAACUGCACCGCGGUACCUGGAACAAAGUCUCGGCGAGAUGUUGGGAGAUUCGUGGCAAGACCCUGGGCAUCAUCGGCUACGGGCAUAUCGGCUCGCAAUUGUCUGUGUUGGCCGAAGCGAUGGGCAUGGACGUGAUAUACUACGACGUGCUGAACCUGAUGGGUUUGGGCACUGCACACCAAGUCCCCACCCUCGAACAUCUCCUCAAGGACGCGGACUUCGUAACGUGCCACGUCCCCGAGCUGCCGGAGACGAUGAACAUGAUCGCCGCCAAGGAGCUGGAGACCAUGAAGAAGGGAAGCUAUCUCAUCAACGCCUCGAGAGGGUCAGUCGUGGACAUUCCCGCGUUGAUUGAUGCGAUGCGCUCAGGUCAUAUCGCCGGUGCGGCGUUGGACGUGUACCCAGCAGAGCCCGGUGGGAAUGGGGACUACUUCAACAAGAGCCUGAACCCCUGGGCGGAAGAUCUGCAGUCUUUGAAAAAUGUCAUCUUGACACCUCACAUUGGCGGGUCGACCGAAGAAGCACAAUCGGCCAUCGGCGUCGAAGUCGCGGAGGCCCUCGUCCGCUACGUCAACGAGGGCGUCACCGUGGGCGCCGUCAACAUGCCCGAAGUCGCCCUGCGCUCUCUCACGAUGGACGAGCCGGACCACGCGCGCGUCAUCUUUAUCCAUCAGAACGUCCCCGGUGUCUUGAGGAGAGUCAACCACCUUCUGGGCGACCACAACGUCGACAAGCAGAUGACCGAUAGUAGAGGCGAAGUGGCGUAUCUAAUGGCGGAUAUCAGUAACGUCAAAGAGGAUCAAGUGGCCGAACUGUAUGCCGAUUUGGAAGGCGUAAAGGAGAAGAUCCUCACCAGGAUUCUCUAUUGA